AUGAAUCUCGUCCAAGAUAAGGUGAAAAUCGCGAUAGUGGAAAAUUCCCUUAAUUUAUUUGUGGAUUUUUUCUUUUGUUAGGUAUUAUUAGAAGCACAGAAGGAAUUGGUGGACUACAAGGGACUUGGUAUAAGUGUUCUUGAAAUGAGCCAUCGGACCUCGGAUUUCACGAAGAUUUUAAAUACAGCUGAAAAUCUUUUGCGUGAAUUGCUAAAUAUACCAGAAAACUACAAAGUUAUUUUCCUCCAAGGAGGUGGAUCUGGUCAGUUCAGUGCAGUCCCACUGAAUCUUAUCGGUUUAAAGGAGGGAAGACAUGCAGAUUAUGUGGUUACUGGAGCUUGGUCAGCAAAAGCAGCUAAAGAAGCAGAGAAGUAUGCCAAAGUGAAUAUCGUUCAUCCAAAACUAGGAGCCUAUACAAACAUUCCGGACCCAAGCACUUGGAAUCUUAAUCCAGAUGCAUCUUAUGUCUAUUACUGUGCUAAUGAGACUGUUCAUGGUGUGGAGUUUGACUUUGUACCUGAUGUUAAAGGAGCAGUCUUGGUUUGUGAUAUGUCUUCAAACUUCUUGUCCAGACCUGUGGAUGUUUCUAAGUUUGGCGUGAUUUUUGCUGGUGCUCAGAAGAAUGUUGGCUGUGCUGGAGUUACUGUUGUAAUAGUACGUGAGGACUUGCUGGGAUUUGCACUGAAAGAAUGCCCUGUAGUACUGGAUUACAAAACACAAGCAAUGAAUGGCUCUUUGUAUAACACUCCACCAUGCUACAGUAUUUAUAUCAUGGGUUUGGUACUGGAAUGGAUAAAGAACAAUGGCGGAGCUGCAGCUAUGGAUAAACUUAGUUUAAUCAAAUCGCGAAUGAUUUAUGAUAUCAUAGACAAAUCUAAUGGAUUCUAUGUAUGUCCAGUGGAGAAAAAGAACCGAAGCAGAAUGAAUGUCCCUUUCCGUAUUGGCAGUAUCAAGGGUGAUGAAGCACUGGAAAAGAAAUUUCUUGAGAAAGCUGUGGAACUUAACAUGAUAUCUCUGAAAGGGCAUCGAUCUGUGGGAGGAAUCCGUGCCUCUUUAUAUAAUGCGGUGACUGUAGAAGAUGUGCAGAAGCUUGCAACAUUCAUGAGAAGCUUCAUGCAGAUGCAUCAGUCAUAAAUACCCAUGGGCUGGAGCCAUGCUGCACGUCUAUGAAACAAAAGCUAAAGGGUUUGAAAGUUACUGUGGUACUACACAGCUGUAGCACACAAGUUAUAUUUUCUUUUUGUUCCUGUAGCUAUUUUAGUUAACUGUAUGGCAUUGAGCCCAAUCUUGCAAUGACUUGGCAGCCUUGGCUUCACUGAAGGUGAGGAUCCCCAGACUGAUCAAGAUUGGUUCCAAAAUUUGCAAACCAGUAUUCUUUAAUGUGUAGCUAAAACAUGAGUAGCACUGUAAGAUGCUAUGGAUCUGAGUCUGUUUCUUGCUUCUAGGCACAAAUGACUUCUUUAGCAAUGCCUUGUUUUCAGUAAACUUCAGGAGGCAACGUGUCAUAAGCUUUUUGUAGUGCUUUACAAUUACUC